AUGCCAGAAUCUAUCCCUAUGAGUGAGAUUUCUCAAUCACCUCAGACACCACAAGACGACACAGAACAGCAACCUAAAUAUCAACCUCAGAACAAAACAAUCACAACGGAACCCAAAGCUACAGAUGAAAAGGACCCAUUUCAACUACAGCUGCAAUGGGCUGUAGGCCCAGCUAAUCCUGAGGGCUUGAAACCUCAGAAAACCAACGCGUCUGCGUCAUCAUCAGGAACUUCCUCCAGUUCUGGUUCCGAUUUCUCUGGACAUAGUGGGUAUCACCGAGAACACAAUGAAACAUCAAGGGGCUUGAAAUAUUUUCUUAAUGCAAUGCAAGACAAGAAAGGCAAGUCAUCAAAGAGGUCAGUUACAGCCCCAAUUACACACAGAAGAGACCACACCCCACUUCGCAGUGAAGAAGGUGCAACCCAUUUGGUCAAAUUAAACCCCUAUAAAAUUGCACGGGCUACCUCAUACAAUGUAUUCAUGGAGUAUGGUGCAACUGCUGCCAAUGCUGGUAUGGAAUCAGAUCCAGUAAUUGAAACCCCCAAAGCAGAUGUAUCUCAAGUUGUUUCAUCCCAGGUGCAAAAGGAAGUGAAAGAGACAAAAAACACAGAUUUAGCUGACAAUGUAGUGAAGAUAUCUGAAACGCCAACUGUACAACCGGUUGCUGAUACAUCACCCAGCCUUCACGGCAACUCUGCAAAUGAGCAGCUUUCUGGGGAGUCAGCCAGAGGUCAAGAUGACCCGAUGAUAUUCAAAUAUACAGGAUCAAAGGAUUCAGGGACAAAGUUAGACAAACCAGGAGUUCUUGAUUCACAUUUGGAUCAACUGAGAACCACUAGAAUAUCCUCAAGGCGUUCCAAAGAAGUUGAGAAUAAAAAACAGCCAGAUUUUGAAGAAAAUAGUCUUGAGAUGCAGUCGUCACAAGUUGGAAACAACCAAAUGCAUGCAGCCUUGAAUGGUGCAGAGAACCAUUUCCAUAAAAAGAAGAAAUCAGCUUAUCUGGGUGUUAUUAAUCACGACGGUGACAAGUCAAGUGAGUCGUUGGGUGCAAAUAUCAUCAACACUGGUUCCGAGUUUGCAUCAAGCUUUCAUUUCGACCAAAUUGACAAGCAUGUUGAAAAACGCGAUGCUACAGUCAUCUACACCAGAAAGUAUGACAGUGCAUCAAAGCAUGAACAGGGGAAAGGGCAAGGGAAAGGGCAAGGACCAGAAAGUGGAGAUCAUUCAUGUGCCAACUCUCCCCUUUCAGAAAGUACAAACAGAACAAGGACUGGUGUAAAGUCGAAAUUUGGUAGUGAUUUGGUGAGUCUCAACCUUUCGGGUCCAAAUAAUAUAGAAAGUGAGGAUUCAUUGUACAGAAGAUUGUCUGCGUCAAUGAACUUUGAAGGAGCUCCAACUAUUGGCAAGUUGGCCGAGAAAGACGGAAAUGGAAAGAGAGUCAAUUCUGAAUCUUCUAUCAGUGGAAAAUCUAACAGCAUGGCAGCAUCCUCUCGCUGGAAAGUUGGUAUAGCUAUAUCUGUAUCUGUAGUUUUUGCUGGAAUGGUUUUAGGGGGACUCCUAAUUGCUAUCUACAUUCUAUCUCACGGGACUCGCAACUCGGUUGAUUCAUAUUUUAAUAAUGGCAAAAACAACCCUCAUUUGAGAGAGUUGUUUGCUAAACAUUUGCUGCAGGAGGAACCUUUUGGAGUUGUAAGUAACUCGGUUGAUGGGUUAAGUAUUGCGGCAAAGGGCGACAACGAGGUCACAGAUUUAAUGAAAGGUGUAUCGAACAUCAUGUUUCACGGCAUUGCUUACUCCCCCAAUAAUGCGUUGGAGCCCCAUUGUCAGUUCACUAAGCGUGAUGCGAUGCUAGAUUUGGCAAAAAUCUCCACCAUAACGACACGUAUAAGAACGUAUGGAAUGCAAUGUGAACAAGCCGAGUUGAUAUUGGAUGCCAUUGAUCAUAUGAAUUUGAACAUGACCUUGGCAAUGGGGGUAUGGAUUGGUAAGAAUGAUACAUUGAACCGACAGCAGAUGGAUAUGAUGAAAAAAGUCAUUGCCAAGCACCCAGACCCUUCCAGAGUAAUCAAUUCGAUAUUUAUUGGAAACGAAGUUCUUUUUAGAGGUGACAAAACCAGAAAAGAGUUGAUAGAAUACAUCCAUGAUGCAAAGAGAUUUUUACAAGUGAUGAAAAUUGAUGACAUUCCCGUGGGUACUUCGGAAAUUGGGUCCCUCAUUGAUCUGGAGUUACUAAUCAACUGUGACAUAGUCGGUGCCAACAUUCAACCCUUUUUCGGUGGUGUUUCCGUCGAAGAUGCGACCCACUGGGUGUUGCAUUUUCUUGAUUUCCAGAUUUUGCCGCACAAUGAGAACAUCGAUACCCCGAUUGUCAUUACAGAAGUUGGGUGGCCAAGCGGAGGCGGUCGCUAUCGCUAUGGACAAGCAGGUGUGUCAAGUUUGAAGAUCUUCCUUAGCACAUUUUUAUGUACAAUGAGGGAGUUGCCGCUCGAGUAUUACUUUUUUGAAGCAUAUGAUGAGCCGUGGAAAGAAGUGUUUUGGACCUCGAAUCAACAAUGGGAAACACAGUGGGGCAUUUUCAAUGCCGAUAGACUGAGUAAGUUUCCUCUUCAAAACCUAGGAUGUAUUUGA